AUGCUCCCGGCCCAGCCAACCUCAAGGUCGACUGCGAUGAUGGCUCGCAGCAUCGUGUAUCGCGAUAGCGAGAAGGAAGUCGGACGCGAUCGUGAGAUGGAUAGGGCAGGUUCAGAGCGCUCCGACAGAUAUCAGAGUGACCGCUACUUCAUGACAUUCCCGAUCUGGUUCUUGUCCUUCCUUCUCCCUCAUGUGUACCACAAUAUCGACGCCCGCGUACAUACACACAAUAAUACAAUGCACCGAUUUUGA